GAGACACAGCAGCAGGAAGAGAAGAGGGUGGAGUGAUUCAACGCGCUGACAUUUCCCUUCCUCCCCCGGGCAGCAGCACACCUGGUCCCCGGAGCGGCGACAGCGGGUAACGGUGAGCGAGGAGGACGGCGCUGUGGACGGCGUGGGAAGCAGGCUGUACCGGAGGAGCCGCCGCUUGUUCUCCAGAGUCUCUCCGACUGGGAAAAAUCAGCAGGCAGCAUGGGUGAGGCACCGGUCACAGAAGAUACAGUGACUCGAUCCGCAGAGUAUGUGGGCUCAUUUCCCGUGGAUGACUGCUGCUUGGAUGACCAGAUAGAGCAACUGCACACUCAACUGAGCUCCCUUAAAACAUGCAAAAGAAGGAGACCUGUAUCCCUAAAAUUCUCCAUCAAAGGUGUGAAAAUGUAUGACGAGGAUGAAACGACGCUCCUGAUGGCUCACGCUUUGCGUCGAGUCUCCCUGUCCACCGCGCGGCCCAGUGACGCCCAGUUUGCCUUCGUCUCCCACAACCCCGGCAGCACCGAUGCCCAGCUGUACUGCCACGUCUUUCGAGCCAGGCAUGCCAGAGCGGCCCAGUUCCUAAACCUGCUGCUUUGCCGCUGUUUCCAGCUGUCUUACUUGGAGAAGCACCCAGAGGAGGCCCCGAAGGACUCUGUUGGCUCGAUGCCCCGUCGCAACCCCUCCUUGCUUAACCACGGGUUCCCCCUCAGUGUCAGUGCCCUGGUGUCCUUCAGGAGAGCCCCUUUUCAGGGGUUGUUGCCAGGGACUAAGAAUCACAAGUCUUCCAAAGACCUGCACAGCAGCCAUGAUGAAGUCGCCCCCACGUCCUCCCCCUCCCUGGUGCGCAAGGAAGCCAUCCGCAACAAAGCGCUGCGUUCAGGGGCGUUCCGCUCCUUUACUUUCACGCCGCACAAACAGCGCAGCGUUCAGGAGCGGCUGAGUGCGUCACAAGAAAAGGACAGAGACAAGCCGCCGGGGAAGAGGUCCCGCGCUCCGAGCUUGGCCGAAACAGAAGAAGCACUCGCUCAAGCCGUGUGGUGUUGGGCUGGUAUCGCAACUGAGAGCAGCUUUUCCUUGCUUGCAGACGACGUUUUGGGAUCAUACCUCCUGUGCACGCAUCCCAAAAAACCCAAAUGUGACUCUCUCGUCAUCCGCUUCCCCUCGGGCCUGAACACCUACCUCAUCAAACACACAAGUAAAGGGAAAUUAGUGCUUGAGAAAUGCAAGACUGAAUUCAGUUCCAUAGUCGAACUGAUCGAACACUACACAGAGAGUUGGGAUGAGCUGCCCUGUCUGCUGAGCUGUGCCCGGGUGAACCACUGUUACGAGUGGGAGGAAGACCCCAGCAAGCACCAGGCUGUACAGGCACACAAAAGCCUGAACAAAGCCCACGUUAAAAGUACCCCCAGAAAGGACUGGGUCUAACCCCUGACACUGGAACUUGUGGACUGCCAACCUCAGAAUAAGUGUCAACUUUCUUUUUAUUUUGCACAUAUAUCCUAUACACAUCACCUUUAACUCCUAAUUGGUGUUUUUGUUUUUGGGAGGCUUCACACGCUGUAUAACACAAUGCACCUAGAACGGUUUUGGCACUUAAUGUAAAGUAUACAAGUCAUUUGAUCAAAGGGUACUUAUUUGUAAAAGUGGAGUAUUUUGUGCUUGCUGCUUUUUAU